CAGUCAUUGUCUUCUAGCCUUACAAACACCAAUUUUACCAGUUCUGGGGGGUGUUCCCAUUCUUAAUUUCAUCAUGAGUGCUACCAAGGCCCAGUCGCAGAAAAUCUUCGAGAAACUCAAGACGAGACCCGCGAAUAAGAUAUGCUUUGACUGCGGCUCGAAAAACCCAACCUGGUCUUCCGUUCCUUUCGGAAUUUACCUCUGUCUCGAUUGUUCUUCCAACCACCGUAACCUCGGUGUGCAUAUUUCAUUCGUUCGUUCUACAAACCUAGAUCAAUGGCAGUGGGACCAACUACGUGUUAUGAAAGUAGGCGGCAAUGAGUCUGCGACAAAGUAUUUCCAGUCACACGGCGGAACUGCGGCUCUCGCGAGCAAGGAUCCGAAGGUCAAGUAUACGUCCAAUGCGGCCGUGAAAUAUAAGGAAGAAUUGAAACGAAGAGCGGCGUUGGAUGCACAAGAAUACCCCGAUGAGGUCGUCAUCACGGACGUUGUUGCCACAGGAACCCCGGAUGGAAGUUCCACACCUGCCGGCGAGCCAGAUGAUGAUUUCUUCUCCUCAUGGGACAAGCCAGCCAUCAAGCGGCCUAGCAAUCCUCCUUCACGCACAACCACACCCGCGGGAACCCGUACAGCCUCCCCGUUCCUUAACCCCGGCGCAAACGGUAACGGCGCCAACCGACCCAAGUCUCCGCUCUCGGCUUCAGAUAAGAGCGGUGCACCCCCCCCUCCUGUUGCUGUCCGAAUGGGCUCCGCCGUCCGAAAGGGUCCCUCCGCUGGCGCAAAGAAAGGCAGCGUGCUUGGUGCUAAGAAAGGACCUAAACUUGGCGCGAAGAAGGUAACAGGCACGGAAUCCAUCGAUUUCGAAGAAGCCGAGAGAAAGGCAAAGGAGGAGGCCGAGCGCAUUGAGAAAUUAGGCUAUGACCCUGAAGCCGAGCAAGAAGCGAAAACCAAGAUUGUCUCUCCCACACCCGUGAGCCCCAGUCGAUCGAGUUUCAACGCUUCAAGGGGGCAUGAAAGGAGCCCGAGUGAAAUCGAAAGACUUGGUAUGGGUGUGAGUCGACUGGGAUUUGGCCAGGUUGGAAAACCUAAGGCUCCAGCGCCUAAGAAACUUGGAUUUGGUGCUGUCGGCCAUGCCAAACCUACCGUGGAUGAUGAGGAAUUAGAACAGACGCGAGCUAAAUUCGGCAGCCAGAAGGGCAUUUCGUCCGAUGAAUUUUUCGGCAGGAAUCAAUUUGACCCCGCUGCCCAAGCCGAGGCCAAGGCUCGUCUAGCAGGCUUUGAGGGUGCCACGGCUAUAUCUAGCAACGCAUACUUCGGCCGGCCUGAAGAUGAGAAUACCGAUGACUAUGGAAAUUAUGGUGAUCUGGAGAGUGCCGCAAAAGAUUUUGUCCGCAGAUUUGGUAUCACAGCUGGUGAUGACCUGGAGAAUUUGACCAAUGUCCUCGGCGAGGGAGCUUCAAGAUUGCAAGAUGCCGUUCGGAACUAUUUGAACAGUUGAGCGACUUCCAAGCGCUGCUCUGUUUUCUUCUUUCCGUUUCAAUGUCUAACUCUCGUGUCUGGCUAGGAUAAACUUACUCCAAGUCAGCAUCGCCAUUAUAGAUACCAGCAGUGGGCCACCUGCUUCUGAUGCAUUUAUCCCAUUUACGACGUCCCUACUUUUGGCUUAGCGCUACGCGUCCGAGGCGUUACGGUAUUAUCUGAGCAUAACGGAAAUCCCCGUGAUGCGGAAGCAUCCUCAGAUCUUGCUUUUUCUCCCUGUCACCUUUACGCUUCGCUCAAAAGAGAAUGCCGGUUUUUACCAUCCUUCUGAUUUCUCCCCGUCUAUGUUUCUAUUCUUUUGAGCCCCUUUUGUUCUUGACUUUCGAUUGUAA